AUGAAGUUCACAGAGGGCAUGUGGCUCCUUCGGGAGGGCAUCCGCAUCGACUGGAUGAAUAACGUCGAAAGACUCAGCGUGCAGAAUGAAUCGGGAUCCGUCGAUCUGCUGCUCAACAAGCACCAGCGACACCGCGGCGACACGCUGAACUCGGCGACUGUAUCCGCGCGCGUCACAUCGCCUCUGGAGGGCAUCAUUGGCGUCAAGCUCGUGCACUGGGCCGGACAGGUCGACAAAGGCCCGCAUUACCACCUCAGCACGGCUACGGGCCACGCCCAGAUCACCCACACGCCGCACGAGACACUCCGCUACACCAGCGGCGCGCUGGAGCUGAGCAUCAACACGGCGGCGAACGAGCUCUCGUUCGUGUUCGCGGACGCCCAGGGCAAGCUGACGGGCCACUCGUGGCGGUCGAUUGGGUACGUCGGCGACCAGACGACGGAGAAGUCGCGGUGGGACGACGGCGUCUUCUUCGAGCGCCAGGGGUAUAUGCUGGCGGGGCUGGACCUGGGCGUGGGCGAGAAGCUGUACGGGCUUGGGGAGCGGUUCGGCCCGUUCGUGAAGAACGGGCAGCGGGUGGAUAUCUGGAACGAGGACGGGGGCACCUCGUCCGAGCUGGCGUACAAGAAUAUCCCGUUCUACAUCAGCUCGAAGGGGUAUGGCGUUUUCGUGAAUCACCCCGGCAAGGUCAGCCUGGAGCUGCAGUCGGAGCGCACGACCCGCGUCAAUAUCUCGCUGCCCGGCGAGGAGCUGGAGUACUUUGUCGUGUAUGGCCGCACGCCCAAGGAGAUUGUGGGACGGUAUACGGCGCUGACGGGGCGGCCGAGCCUGGUGCCGUCGUGGAGUUAUAACCUGUGGUUGACGACGAGCUUCACGACCAACUACGACGAACAGACCGUCACUGGCUUCCUGGAUGGCUUCCGCGACCGCGACAUCCCCCUGGGCGUGUUCCACUUCGACUGCUUCUGGAUGAAGUCGUACCAAUGGUGCGACUUCGAGUUCGACGCCGACAUGUUCCCCGACGCCGGCGGGUACCUGGCCCGGCUCAAGGAGCGCGGCCUGCGCAUCAGUGUCUGGAUCAACCCGUACGUGGGCCAGGCGUCGCCUCUGUUCCAGGAGGGCAAGGACAAGGGGUAUUUCAUCAAGCGCACCGACGGCUCCGUCUGGCAAUGGGACCUCUGGCAAGCCGGCAUGGCCAUCAUCGACUUCACCAACCCAGCCGCGUGCACCUGGUUCGCCGCGCACCUCACCCGCCUCAUGGACCUGGGCGUCGACUCCUUCAAAACCGACUUCGGCGAACGCAUCCCCCACCGCAACAUCCAGUACCACGACGGCUCCGACCCCACCCGCAUGCACAACUACUACACGCUGCUCUUCAACCGGCUCGUCUACGAGACCAUGAGCGCGCGCUACGGCCGCUCGCAGAGCCUGCUGUUCGCACGCUCCGCCGCCCCCGGCGGCCAGGCCUUCCCCGUGCACUGGGGCGGCGACUGCGAAAGCACCUACGAGGCGAUGGCGGAGUCGCUGCGCGGCGGGCUCUCGCUCAUGCUCUCGGGCUACGUCUUCUGGGCGUCCGACAUCGGCGGAUUCGAGGGCACGCCGCCGCCGGCGCUCUACAAGCGCUGGGUGCAGUUCGGCCUGCUGUCGUCGCACUCGCGCCUGCACGGCUCCUCGUCGUUCCGCGUCCCCUGGAUCUACGGCGAGGAUUGCUCCGCCGUGCUGCGCGACUGCGUGAAGCGCAAGAUCCUGCUGACCCCGUAUCUGCUGGCUGAGGCGCUGCUCGGCCACCGCGCCGGCGUGCCGCUCAUGCGGCCCAUGUUCCUCGAGUUCCCCGAUGACCUGAACACCUACCCGCUCGACACGCAGUAUAUGUUCGGCGGCAAUCUGCUGGUGGCGCCGGUGUUUGCCGAUGAUGGGAAGGUCACCUUCUACGUGCCCCGGACGCCCGAGGACGGCGCGGGCAAGUGGAUCUCGUGGUUCGACCACGGCAAGACGUAUGAGGCCGGCCAGUGGUAUACCGAGACCCAUGGGUUUGAUACCCUGCCGCUGCUGGUGCGCCCGGGCUCCGUCACCCCGAUCAAUCCGAAGCUCAAGGCGCCGCAGGACGAUGCUCUGGAUGGCCUGGAGCUGCUGGUCAACGGGUCUUUGGCUGCGGAGGUGGCGGUAGAGAUCGUGGAUCCGGCAAAGACCCAUGAGACUCUCAAGAUUGUGCGGGUUUCGCCCGAUGGCAAGGCCGACGAUGCCAGUGUGAAGGUUGUCUGUGUAGCAAAAUAG